AGCCUUCCUCAUUUUCGUAUCUUGUUUCUCUAUGAGAAGAGUCACCAAUCUCAAGAGAUUAUUGUACUGGUCCUUGUCCAACCGAAUCCACCGUCUCAUUUCUUCUGGGUCCUCCAAUGUCAGCUCCUUGACAUGUCGAUGAUAAACGCUCUCUUGCUCUCUCGUCUCUUCAACCAAGAGCGUACCCAAGUACGUUUCUCCGCACGUUUAGCAUAAACUCGUCUUCUCAGAGCCAGAAGAGCGUCCAUCACUGCCACAGCCUGUGCGGGGGUUGAGAGCCGUCUGCCGUGUUUACAUUUUCUUCUGACUGUUUACGUGGUUCUCGUCGCCAACAAAAGAGCAUCAGCAUUCCCGACACUUGAAUCCCCCAUCGAUCGAAUCCAAUACUCCCUUUUAGGUCCUUAUACUUUCACAACAUCUAUAUUCGUUUGUUUACUCUUGGGGGAGGGCAAGGCAAGAUGUGAAGCGAAGAACAACUUUCACCCUUUGAUAUUUUCCCUUGCUCAUUCCCUUACUCGUCGCCAUGGAUAAACUGACGAUAAUAUCUGGCGCGCUGUUCCUGGCCGCAGACAUCUUCGCGGUGGUGAGCCUCGCCAUGCCCGACUGGAUCGUUUCUGACAUUGGAGGUGAUACUCGCCUAGGACUGCUAUGGACAUGUGAGACUUUAUAUAACAGAUCUCAGGUCUGCUAUGCACCGUCUCUUGGAGGAGCAUGGUUGGUGACUCUAGGAUGUGUACUCUUGGGGUGUGUGUGCGUCACUGCAACCAUCGUUCUGCUGGCUCUCUCACACUGUCGAAUCAGUCUCUAUAUCAUGGCCUAUGCCCGUUGGGUUGGCUUCACUGCUAUGGUGCUGUUCUGUCUGGCUGCGGGUUUUCCAAUGGGAUUUUAUGUUGAAGAGAUUGGUGGAGAACCAUAUCAACUCCCAAACAGUUUCCAGGUUGGAUAUUCAUACAUAUUUUUCGUGCUAGCUCUUUGGAUGACAGUGGUUUCGGAGCUUUUUGCUGGAAAAGUCUGCCUACCCAAUUUUUAAUUCAUAUGCAUAUUGAAAAUUGGUGGACAAUGAGCUUUGUACGACAAACUUUUUUCUUGUCAGAGACAGUGAAGAAAAAAUGAAUUUCCAAUUGAUUUCCAAAACCCAAACAAGUUGGAGAUGUAUAGAGUUUAGUGGAUGUUUUUUUUUCUUUCUUCUUCCUCUUCUUCUUCUUCUUCUUUUUCUUCUCCUUAGAAAAAAGAAGUUCAAUUACCUGUCGCAGUUUAUGUUCCAUUGGGGUGUUGAUUGAAGGGCAGAUGGUGCCAAAGUUUAAUGUUACUGUUAAUGUUGUUAUGGUUAACAAUACUGUAGGAGGUGAGAUGGGGAAGAAAAUGCCGUAGGCAAAUUUUUUUUUUUAGGAUAGCAUUAUUUGAAUAAUCUAAUCACUCCAGCACUAUUAAUUUUUAUGGUGUGUAGUCACUCUUGCUCUUCAAAAUAACUCCUGUUUAUUGCAACACGUUCAGACUAUGUUUAAAACUGUAACAAAUGCAUCAAACUCUGUUGUAACAAUUUAUGUAAUAGCUACAACUCCUUAUACAAAUAUUAUAUUGUUUGUUAGUAAGAUUAUAGUUAAUGUUACUUCUAAUUCCUUUUUUCUUUGUAAAUAUUCUUUACAUGACAAGUACCUGUGAAUAUUUAUUAUUAUUAAUAUUAUUAUUGUAAUUAUACUAACUUUUUGAUAUCUGAAAUGAUUAAGCACAAAUAGGAGAAAUUUGUGAUACUUUGUUAGAAUCUAAGUUCAUAUUUCAUUCCACUUUCUCAGAGAUCUGAUUGCAUAGUUCUUUUUUCUUAUUCCAAAUUUGUAAAUUUUUAAGUUGGUGAAUAUGUGUUUUUCUAUGUGUGCUAGGCUGUUCUGCUUCCUGUCUUAUUGUCCAAUAAGUAGCACCCAUGUCAUGUCCAAUGUGAUUUUAGUUUGUUAAUUUUGUAUAUACACAGAUGACUCCACAAGAGUUUAGUCACCAUAUCACAGAAUGAUAUAUUUGUGUUUAAUUGAAUGUAUUUAUCUGUAUAUUGAUAUAGAUAUAGGAAUGCAUAUAAGUAUAUGAUAAUAAAUAAAGAGAAGUACA